GCGCUCAAAACUUGCCACAAAAAAGAGCAAUAAUUAAUGUCAAGUCAAAUAAUCAGUAUUUAAAAAUAACUGCAGGUCCAUUUACAACUUGAUCCGCUUUCCUUUUUCUCCAGUUUUAUUCUAACUUUUCUUCAUAUCCAAAUCAAUGUGAUUUUUUCGGUUUUUUUUCUGUCGCGGGUACAAUUUCUUGAAAUAAAUUGAAAUUGAAAUUUCCAAGAGUUCAUUAAAUAUUACAAUUUGCACUCUCCAUUCUAUUUUAGGCUUAUCUUCGUCUUGAAAACUGCCAGUGACAAUUUGUUCACUUGAACUAAGAAGAACUAAAAGGUACAUGACUAUUUUGCUUCGACGCUUGUCAUUAAAACUUGUAUCUGUCUUAGCAACGAAAAAUCCGAUCAGAUCGGUCGCUCACAAAGUAUCCCAAGCGGCAAAAACAGCGCGCUUACUUUCCGGUUCGACGGCCUAAUUUACUUGAAAAGACCGCAACUUUACCCUCUGGUCCUGCUUAACCGGAGAUUUUCAACCCACUCUUAAUGCCUGGUUAGAACCAUUAGACUAGCACCCAUCCGCCCGUCAAGUUCAAUUUAUGGUCCCUUUGUGCUUUUAACUGCAAUUCCAUUUCACAGUUCAUCAAAAAUUGAACCUGAUCCUAUUCUUGUAGUUUUAUCUGCCAUUUUAUUUCACAAGUUCAACGUAAUUUUUUCUGUACUAUUUUGUCACAGCUAAAAAAUGAAGCAUUCAAUCUAAAGCAAAUCUUUUUAAAGUAUUUUAUUGAUAUCUUUUAACAUCCAUUCAUAGAUUUAAAUCAUUGUAUGGAAUUCUUUGAAAGUCAAUGAUAAAAUUUAGUCCAAUUCGUUUUACUAAUUUAAACUUUUUGUUUCAAUUUUGGUUUAGAGACUCCAAAAGUUAUCUUUAAAAAAGUUUGAAAAAAUGAUUUUGGAAACAAACCUUCUCUCCACGACGGCCAAUCCAUCCUUCCGAUCGGAACCUUCGACUUAUGGAAAUAGCGCAAACAUGGCGAGUCGUAACAGUUUCGUGAACGUCAGCACGAAAGAUGACUCAUCGUUAGUCGUGUAUAGUUACAACGAAGCAUACGAGUACUUGGUCCGAGUGAGUCAGACGACAACUGAUCGGGUGCAGAUCGGCCUGCUAUUGGUCAAUUUUGUCGUCGGCAUAUCGGCCAACAGCGGCGUGCUUGCUGUUAUUCUCUCUAACAAGAAGCUUCGUAGUGUUCCGAAUAUGUUGAUGGUGUCGAUGAUUGUGAGUGACAUUCUGCUGCUGUUGAAUAUGCCAGUGAAGAUGGUCGUCCUCUCCUCCUACGGCUGGGUCUUUCCCGCCAGCUUCUGCCGACCAUACCACUGGAGCAUGGCCUUCUGCAAGACCUGUUCGAUCUGGAUCUUCGCCCUGCUGGCACGUGACAGGUGGAAGGUGAUAGUGUACCCCAUGCAGUUCUACCAGCAGUACAGCGCUAAGUCAGCUGUGGUGGGCAUCUCCGUCGUCUACUCCCUCUCCGCGUUUCUAUCCCUCCUAGAAGCACACCACGCCGUCCUCGAGUUCCGAACCAUCAACAUCACGGAGCUGAACAACUUCGAGUUCACCUAUUCCAUAUGUCUGCCUGACCGAACUCGUGUGGGCGCCGUUGUCACCAUAAUCUGGCAGUUUUUCAUUCCCUUUAUCAUCAUUUCUUGCUUUUAUAUCCACAUCUCGGUCACUUUAUUCCAGCUGAACAAGAAAACUAUCAUCAAGAAUGGACAGACAAUUAACAUGGGUAUUCUGCAGCAGGUUGAGAAGCGAAAGAGGUUAGGGCUAACAGUCCUGAUUCUGGUCGUUAUUUUCGUAGUCUGUAAUCUACCCCUGAUGAGCUGUUCCAUUUCGUUUGCAUUCAACGAGACCGGCAUUUUUUCAGUUCCCCUACCACUGCUGUACGUCGCUAACAACUUGAGUUAUUACAACUCAACCAUAAACCCUAUGGUUCUUCUACUUAUGAGCAGUUCACUCCGAAAGUGCAUCGCCAAACACCGCGACCAGAUGUACUUGAAGAUCAGGAAGAAACUCGGAUUAGGCCCAAAACGAUCCACGGGAAGAAAUCCGACAAACGCUUCCGUUCGGUCGGGGGGACGGGUGGAUGGAUUGAGCCGAAGGGUCGCCACAUCCCGAGCAAUUGGGAUGCAAAACGUGAACGAGUUUGGGAAUCAACAAGGAGUCGUCUCGUCUCGAACGUGCUCGUCAAAACUGAAUACCCGGGGCGGAAAGCGAGAGGUAAAUAAAGAGAGAAUGAAAAUGAGAAACAGUGUCAAAUACACUUCGGGAUCAAAUAAACUCUCGGUUGAUGCCGAGGAGGAAAUCAAUCGUUCAUGCGAGAAAAAAUUGGCGCCACUUGCCGAAAGCAGUAUAUGAAACUCGCAAAAUUAAAUCUAAACUACAAAAAACUUACUGUUGAUUCUUGAAUCAUGAUGAAGCUACUAUCAGAUCGGAAUCCCAAUAUUUAUUUAAU